AUGCUCAACACACGUCUCAUUCUCAUAUUCACAUUAUGGGUCUCGGUCGUCAUGAAUGUCUUCUUUUUGGCAUCUAACGCCACAUGUCAAUCUAUUAACGCAUUCUCGUCCUCUGAGAAGAAAGCCAUUGUGGAUGCUCAUAAUGCUAUUCGGUUUGAUCCUACCUUAUCUCCUCCAGCAGCAAAUAUGCAAACUAUGGUGUGGGAUGACUCCUUGGCGACUGUUGCAGCAAAUUAUGUCAGUCAAUGUGUGUUUGAUCACAACGCAUACAGAGGUUCAAAUGUUGGUGAGAAUAUCUAUAUGGGUUAUUCUCAAACAAUUGGUACGGCAGCUGUGAAUAGUUGGGCCUCUGAAAAACAAUAUUAUAAUUUUAAUUCGGGUUGUCAAAGCGGGAAAAUAUGUGGCCAUUACACACAACUCAUUUGGGCCUCCUCAGUGAAGGUAGGAUGUGCCCGAAAAACAUGCUCCACAGUUUAUGAAAAUCCAGAUUUUAAUGGAGCCACCAUUGUCGUUUGUGACUAUUCACCUGCUGGAAAUGAUAUUGGACAAAAGCCUUAUGUGGCAGGUACGACAAAUAAUAACAGAGCCAAUGACGCGUAUUCUUCAAAGGUUGUGAAUUUUCAGAAUUUGUUGAGUGUCAUCAUGUUCAUUGUUGUUGUGAUGUGGUGA